GGGCCGCCGCAACCGACAGCGGCGACCGACAGCUCUGCCCCGCAUCGGGCCGCCGCGAUGGGCGAACAGCCUCCGCGCGCGUUGACGGCAGCGAGCGGGGAGCCUCCAGCCGCCCCGAACGGGCUGCCCGGCCUUGAGGGGCGUCGCCGCCACCGAGGGGGUGAGGGAGGAGGUGACAACGAAUUUGAGCGGCGUCGCGGCUGCCCAGUGACGUUGGAGCGCGGUAGGAUGUGCGUCCCCGCCGCCCAAUAGCUGGGCCCGGGACGGCGGAGGAGGAAGGCGGUCGGUUUCCUGCGGCGGAGCGGGUCGGGGGGGAGCGCAGCCGCCGCUUCAGCUGCACGCUGGUCCCCCGGAGCCCGGCGGGAGGGGGAUGCCUCGAGACCCUGCGCGGGGAGGCGGUGGUGCAGGGCGGCCCGGGCCCGUGCGGUGGAAGAAUAUAAGUGCUCUAAAGGGAAUUAUCAAAUCUCCAAAAAUAUCAGACUUUCAAAGAAAGUUAUUUCUGCACUGUUUCACAGAGCCUGUGACUUGAGCUACCCACCUACCAGGAAGCGAACAGUACCUGUAGCUUUUAGCAGGCUGACAAAGCAGCAGCAGUGCUUACUGGCAGUUUCAGCCUGGGUCUUCUCAGUGGCAGCUCUGCAGACUGCAGUAUCUUCCAGCAGGUUGUUGCUAACAGUGAAAGACUUCCUCUCAAAGCUGUUUAAAUGAGAAUGUCCCUGGCGCAAAGAGUGCUACUGACAUGGCUUUUUACGUUACUCUUCCUGAUCAUGCUGGUCCUCAAGUUGGAUGAGAAAGCACCCUGGAACUGGUUCCUCAUUUUUAUUCCAGUCUGGAUAUUUGAUACGAUCCUCCUGGUGAUGUUAAUUGUAAAAAUGGCUGGACGUUGCAAGUCUGGUUUCGACCCUCGCAAUGGCUCCCCCAACAUCAAGAAAAAAGCCUGGUAUCUGGUUGCAAUGCUGCUGAAGCUCGCUUUCUGCCUCGCCCUCUGCGCUAAACUGCAGCGGUUCACUGCCAUGAAACUGGCCUAUGUCUUUAUCCCUUUGUGGGCCUUGCUUCUCGGGGGCAUGGCUGAACUCGGAUACAACAUCUUCUAUGUGCGCAGAGACUGAGCUGUAAUGUACUGUGGGGCUUUCAGCACUGAGCUUGGGACCAAAUCAGUGGAUUAUUCUAGCUUUGCCACAAACCCAAUCUCCCAAUUAGAAGACUAAAUAAGAAAUGAGUCAGGCUCGAGACUUUAUCAAAACCAGGCUGAAACCUGGAAGUAGACUUGCUCCACUGUUUUAUUUGAAAACUAUCACAUGUGCUCUUGUAAAUAAAAGUAUUUGUUCACCAUAA